AUGGUAAAUAGAGCCAUUAAGAGUAUUGUCGAUCAAAAUAGGGUUUCUAGUUUAUUUCGAGAGACUUUCACGGGACCUUCGUGUUUAUACCAUUGGCUCAUUAAUCAUAGAACUAAAAGUUUCCUUAGGAGAAAUUUGUCAUACAUUCAAAAAACUCGUAGAAAAGUGGUAAGAACAUCUAAUAUUAAACAAAGAGAACGACGUUUUACACUUGAAGAUUUGUGUAAGCGUCGUGAGCAGGAAGAAAAAAUUGUUUCCACUAGUCGAGUUCAGAGAACCCUUCAACUUACGUUUGAUGGGUUAGUUGCAUAUGCAAGCCAUUCACCAGGAAAUAGAUCACGUCUUCAUAUCGAAUGUGAAAUCAAUCUAUUCGAAGUUUCAAAGAAAAAAUUACCGAGCAAUAUUAUGAAAAAACGUAAAUUGAACAAUGGAAAAUUUGACUUGUGUGACUUUCAAUUGAUUCAUCGAUCAACUGUUCCCUUAGUGAUGGAUGAAAAUGGUUGUUCUGUGAAAGAAACUUUGGUUAUUGAACCUUUCUCAACAAAUUUAAGUGGUGACAAUUCUCAGGAUGUAGUUAUAGGUUUCCGUUUGUAUGCAAUCAAUAGUCAAUCAUGGCCACCUGUUAGAUCUGAUUCUUUAAAGAAACUGAUUAAUGGUGAAAAGAAAAAUUUUCAUUUAAUACCAAAUCUUGUUGAUUGUUCCGAUGGUCGUCGAAUUCUAUGUACUCAAAUGAUUGCGAUAGAAGAUGGAAAGUUUUGUAAUGAAGAUCAUUAUGAACUUGGUCUUAACUUUGCACGUGAAAAGGGUUCAAUAAUAGAGUCAAAUUGGAAAAUGAGGUUUUCAGUUAAUUGGGAGUAUAAAGUACACCUCCCUUUAAAACCCAUGAUGCCAAAGCCCGUGCCUAUUACUCAGAACGAUGAUCCACCCGUGACUUUUAUAUAUCGUGUCGCUGAUUGCGAAUUACAUCAAGCAGUAAGAGGGUUUCGUUGUCCAUGGUGUCUUAACCUUUUUAAGGAUAAUACAUGUUUGAUGAUUCACCUUCGUAAUAAUCAUAUGCAUUUGAAAUUUGGUAUAAAGAAUGGCAAACAACCACCAAGCGAUCGCGUAAUUGUUGUUAAUUCAAACGAUGAUUUGUCAGAGUUGGAUUUUUUUGAUAUUGAUAAGCGCGAAGGUACCUGGAACCCAAAGCCAUUUGUGUAUCCUGUAAAGCGAUACACAACGACACCGGUGGCAUUAUCAUCAUUGCCUUCACAAACAUUUUAUCAUUCUCACACCUUCAUGCCAUUCAUUGGUGAUGAAAAUGUAAAUGAUUCUGAGGAUGAUAUUUGUACUCAUUGGGUGGAGCAGCUCAACGAUGAGACACUUGACGAAAUAUCAGAUGUGAAUGAUAAAGAGAAAUUAAUGAUGAAAAUUUGGAAUAGAUUUAUAGAACCACAAAAGGGACUAGCUGAUCGCAAUCUUCCAGAAGUUUGUAUUCAGUUUUCUAAGACACGCGGCGAUCUAAUUAUAUCAUUGGAUUUGAGAAAUGAAUUUGCAUUUCAUUUACUUAACAUUCUCGAAUUCCAGUUGAUCGAUAGUCAAUGUGUCGCUAAAUGUUUGAGUUACGUGGAUAAGGUUAAGCAUAACAAAAAAUAA